UUCAUCACUUCCCACGAGUUGUUUACUUGUUUUAUCUUCCUUUUGUCUCUAUUUCUAAUUUUUUUUUUUUGUUUCCUCCUUAAAAUAAAAGAAAAAUAUUUAAUUUGAUUUGAUUUAACAUCUCAACGACUUGUUUAAGGAUUUUCGUCUGCAUUUUCUCUCGUUUCUGAAUAUGUGAGAAAAACAGAGCAAAAAAAAUUAUAUUACUCUAAACGUCAUUAUUACCGGUGGAUUUUAGAUGAUUAAUAGCUCCGGUUAAUAGUCAUUUGAGAAGAACAGAGCACAGCAGAUUAUAGCUCUGGACGCCAUUUUUACCGGUGAGUUUUAGCUGAUUAUUAACUCCGGCGAGUAGCGGCCAUUUGAGUUAGAAAGAAAGGAAAAUAUACACAGAGUAGAAAAGAGGAACAGAAGAGAAGGGAAUUAAAAUGUUGACAUGUAUCACAUGUAAGCAAAAAGUAGAAGAUGAUGGUGGAGAAGGUACUCCCAAUACUAAAGAUUCUGUCAAAAGCCUGACGGCACAGAUAAGGGACAUAGCAUUGAAGGUCUCUGGUGCUUAUAGGUGCAAGCCAAGUAAUGCCAACAACAGUUACAACAAAGGGCAUGGACCAUAUCCAUAUCGAGAUUUUGAUGCUAUCUCAGGGGGAGUUUUAUACAAUUACCAAACAGGAAGUUCAAAUUCUACUCCAGGUUGGGAUUUUACGAGUACUGGUAAUCUCCAAACACCAGCUACAACUGAUUCUAGAUUAAGUGAUGUGAUGCUGGAAGAUGAAGAGGAGACUAAAGAAUGGACAGCACAAGUGGAGCCUGGAAUUCAGAUUUCUUUUGGUUCUCUUCCUCAUGGUGGAAAUGAUCUUAAAAGAAUCAGAUUUAGUCGGGACGUGUUCAACAAAUGGCAAGCUCAAAGAUGGUGGGGUGAGAAUUAUGACAGAAUUAUGGAGCUUUACAAUGUUCAGAGAUUCAAUAAGCAAGCUCUUCACACACCCUCACAGUCUGAGGAUGGGAGAGAUUCAAAUUAUUCUUCAAGGCCUGUAUCUGCAAGGGAUUUCCAACAAUAUAAUGCUGGCUUAGGUGCUCAUGCACCUGGUUUCCCAAAGGGUAGUGAGGCAUCAAGAACGACAACCUCCUCCAGAGACGAGACUUUAGUUUCUGUAAGUAAUGCAAGUGACAUGGAGUCAGAAUGGAUAGAGCAAGAUGAACCUGGAGUGUGUAUAACCAUCAGACAAUUAGCUGAUGGCACUAGAGAGCUACGCCGCGUCAGAUUCAGCCGUGAAAAAUUUGGGGAGGCGAACGCGAAACAGUGGUGGGAGAAGAACUGGGAGAGAAUACAAGAACAAUAUCUUUAGAUCAUGUAUUCCAUAUUAAAUUAUCAGUAUUUUCCACAACAUAUCAGGAUAUUCAAACCGGAAUAUUUCGCCAUCCUCGAGGCAAAGUUAAAAUCACCUUGGAUGAUAUGACAGGCGAUAGGCUGACAAAGGUGGACUUGGGAUUUGAACUUUGUGAGUUCUGAAUUUUAGAAUAGCAACAUCAGGUGUUAGUAACUGGGUUCAGAGCUAAAUUUUGGUACACAUUUAGUGGAUUUACGUAACUUUCUAGCUCCGCCCAUGCAAGGUGAGUUCAGUGGUAAAAGAGAUGAACAUGUUUAAUGUACAUAGUCUUCAGUGGGGAAUGGUUCCAUUCCACGGAAAAACCCAGUUUUUUCAUGACAUUUUUUGAUCUCUAAUUAUGCGUCUUUGCCAAAUCCUUUU